AUGGGGAAACCAUCGUCUAGUAAAGAUGCCUUGGGUGCAUCUUCCAAAAAAAAGGCCAAAUCAAUCAAUCAUGAUGGUGAUGAUGAUGUUAUUAUGAAAGGUACAGAAAAUAAAGAAGUACAAAAUAAUCAAUCAAUUGAUACAAAACAUAAAGAUAAAAGUAUUGAAGAUGAUGAUCAUGAGAAUAAUGAUAACCAUGAUGAAGAUGAAGAACAUUCAAGUCUGUUAAGAUUAUCUGAAAAUUUUAGAAGAUUUUCUGAAUCACAAAGAGAAUUAAGUCAUAAUGAUGAUGAAAUAAAUGAGCAUCAUCAAGAUGAAUAUGAAGAUGAAGAUCUUAUGAGAUCAAUUCAUAGACAUCAAUCAACAAAUCAAGAGAGUGAAGAAGAUGAUGAUGAAGAUUUAGACCUUGCUGAUGAUGAUGCUAUAAAUGCUUUCCGUUCUCUGGCAAAUAGAUUAAGUCAAGCUCAACAACCUGGUUCUUCAUCUUCAAGAAAUGAUGACCAUGAUGAAGAUAGAUCUGGUCGUAAUACUCCUGGUUCAGCAAAUCAAAAUCCUGAUCAAGUUAGAAAUGCUCUGGCUGAAAAUAUGGCUCGUCUGUUCCCUGAUGCUAUGGGUCUGUUUGGUGGAUUAGGUGGACAAAGUCAAGCAAGUCAAAUUAGAGGUUUAAUUGAAGGUUUGAAAAAUCGUGAUGAUUCAUUUUUAGUCUUGGAAACUUUAAGUGAAUUAAGUGAACGUUUACUGAUGAUGAAUGCACCAAUGGCUGAACGUGAAAUUCCAUCUUUUCAAUUAGCUGAAGCAAUUGUUGAUGUUUUAAAUGAACCAAGUUUCAUGGAAGAAUUAGAAUUACAAUUGGUUGCUUGUAGAUGUUUAUAUAACUUUUUGGAAGUUAAUCCUGAUUAUAUUCAUGCAGCUGUUUCAAAUGGUGCUAUUGAAGCUUUACAAUCAAAAUUAUUAGAAAUUAGUUAUAUUGAUUUAGCUGAACAAGCUUUACAAGCUUUAGAAUUUAUUUCAAGAUUUGCAGGUUCACAAAUUCUUAGAAAAAAUUGUUUAAUGUCAUGUUUACAAUAUUUAGAUUUCUUCACAAUUCAUGCUCAAAGGAAAGCAAUCACUAUAACUGCAAAUUCUGUUAAAUAUAUAAGAGAAUAUGAAUUUGAAUUAGUUGAAGAUAUUUUCCCAAUUUUACAAAGGAUUGUUAUUGAAUUUCAAGAUCCUCAAGAAUUAGAUGAUUGUUGGUUAGCAAUUUCAAGAAUUAUUAAAGCAUUUAGAUCUUCAAAAUCAUUAACAAAAUUAGUUAGUAGUGAAUUAUUAAAUCAAAUGGUUACUGUUAUUUCAAAUCCUGAUACAAAGUUAGCAACAAAUUUAAGAUUAAUUAAAACUUUAUCAAGUUGUGCAAGAAAUGAUGAAUUAUCAAUUAAAAUUUUACAAAGUGAUAAAGUUGGUGAAUGUAUUAUUGGUUCAUUAUCAAAAUAUAAAAAAUUAAAUGAUCAAUCAAAUGCAAGUAAUUCAACUGUUUCAAUUGAAGCAUUAAUGGCUGCACCAAAAGAAUUAAUUUUGUCAAUUUUAGAUUUUAUUAUUAAUUUAUUACCAUCUGAAUCAAAUUCAAUUUUAACUUUUGAAUUCACUAAAAAAGAUUAUUCAUCAAUUAACAAAUCUUAUAAUGAAUUUAUUAAUUCAAUUUAUCCAUUAUUAAUUAAUAUUUAUUCAUCAACUGUUGUUUAUGAAAUUCGUCAUCGUUGUAUGAUUUCACUUAUUAGAAUUGUUUCAUCAUUAAAUGAUAUUAAUAUUCUGAAAAAUCCUUCACAAGUUAUUAAUUUAUUAGCUUCAAUUGUUAUUCAAAAUAAAAGUAUUAUUCGUCAAAAUAAAAAAGAUUCAAAACCUUAUAUGGCAUUAUUAACUUCAUUAAUCUUGACUUAUUCAUUAACUGAAAAAGAUCAUAAUAGAUUUAUAAAGGAAUUUGAACGUGAAGGUCUUAUUGCUGAUACUUCAUCAUUAUUAGAAAUUUUAAGAUCUGAUGAAAGAGCAACAACUAAUACAACUGAGAAUAAGAGUGAUGAAAAUAAUAAAAAUGACGAUAAUAAUGACAAUGAUAAUGAUAAUGAUAAUGACCCAUUUGGUGAUGAUAAUGAUGAUGAUGAUGACGAUGAUGAUGAGGAUAAUGAUAAUGAACAAGAUGGAAGUGAAGGAAGAUCUGAAAUUGAUGAAGAUGAUGUUGAAGAUGAUUAUGAUGAAGAAUAUGAUAAUGAACAAGAAAGAUCAUUCUUAUACAAUGUUUCAGAUCAAGCAAUUUUCAAAAGUUUAACAAUCCCACAACUUUUAAAACAUUUAAUUAAAUAUGCAUCUGAUAUUGAACAAUCAUAUUUAUCUAAAAAGGCAUCUGGAAAUUCUAAAUUGGAACAUUUAAGACUUUUAGAUGAAAUUAGUGCUGUUUUAAAAGAUGAUUUACAAAUUAAAAACUUCACACCUAAUGAUUGGAUUCAAACUUGGGAAAAUUUACAAAAAGCAUUAGGUGAUGAAAAAAAUUCAAUUUCAAGUUUUGAAUUAAUUUCAUCAGGAAUUAUUGAAAUUUUAUCAGAAUUAUUUCAACCAAAUAAAUUUGAAUCUGAAUUUCAAAAUCAUAUAUGUCGUGAAUCAUUUUUAAAAAUUUUCAAAGAUGAAUCAUUUGAAUUAUUAAUUGUUAAAUUACAAGAAGCAUUAUCAAGAUCAGAAUCAUUUGAAAUUUUACAUUGUGGACUGAAUAGUAAUGAAAAUAGAGUUCAAGCUCUGGGUAAACAACUGAAAUUAAAAUUACAUUCUGAUAAUGAACUAGAUGAAGAAUUGCAAAAUUGUGGUCUAAAUUCAUUUGUUGCUUUGAUUCAUGCAAUUUCAUCAUUUGGAACUAUAAAUGAAUUUAUUUAUCAACGUAUUAGACAAAAAAGAUUACUGAGAUCAGGACUGUUCAGUGAAGAAAGAAAUAUUAGAAAUUUAUCAAAUGAAUUUCACUUGGAAUUUUCAAUUGAUGGAGAAAUAAUUCCAUAUGAAUCAACAAUUUUUGGUGUAUUGUUUAAAAAUGGAUUAGAAAAAAAUCCAAAUUUUGAUGCAAAUCAAUUUUGGAAUCAAACUCAUCAAAUUGAAUUUAAAAAAAUUGAUGGACCAUCACCAAAAAAUUCGACAUUUGAUGAUAGAUAUACAGAAUUUGAUGAUGGUGAAUCAGAUUCCAAUAAACUUGAUCAUCCAAUUACAAUUAAUAUAUUAAAUUUAUUGAAAAUUCUAAAUGAAUUUAAUGAUUCAAAUUCAAGUUUAUUUUUAAAUUUUAAGUUAACCGCCAAAUUAAAUAGACAAUUAGAAGAAGCAUUAAUUGUUGUUGGAGGUAUAAUGCCAACUUGGUCAGUUAAUAUACCAAGAAAAUACCCAUUUUUAUUCCCAAUUGAUACAAGAAUUUUUUUCCUUCAAUCAACGUCAUUUGGAUAUUCAAGAAUAAUUCAAUUAUGGAACUCAAGAAUAACUCAAGAUAGAAAUGGAGAAAAUGAAGAUAAUUCAAGUUUCAAUGGACAAAUUCCGCUGGGGAGACCAUCAAAGCAAAAACUGAGAGUGGAUAGAAGUCAACUGUUUCAAAGUUUACUGAAAAUUUUAGAUAAAUAUGCUUCAAGACCAAGUAUAUUAGAAAUUGAAUUUGUUGGAGAAGCAGGUACAGGACUGGGUCCAACAUUGGAAUUUUAUUCAAAUGUUUCCAAGGAAUUUUUAAGAAAACAAUAUGGACUUUGGAGAGAUGAAAAUGAUCAUAAUGAUUAUAUUUCUAAUGCAAAUGGAUUAUUCCCUGUUCCAAUUAGAGAAAAAUCAAUUAAUAAAAUAAAAGAUCAUUCAAAAUAUUUUAGAAAUUUGGGUAAAUUUAUUUCAAGAGCAUUAAUUGAUAAUAGAAUUGUUGAUUUCCAUUUCAAUAAGGUUUUUUUCGAAAUUGCAAGUUCAAUUGUAAAUAAACAAGAAAUACCAAAAUAUAUUUUAUAUAAGAAAUUAAAAAUUGUUGAUCCACAAAUGUUUAAAAGUUUAGAUUAUAUGAUGAAGAAUAAACAUCAAUUAUCAAAUUUGACUAUUAAUUUUACAUUACCAGGAUAUAAUAAAAUUGAAUUAAUUCCAAAUGGGACAAAUAUUUAUGUUGAUGAAACAAAUUUUGAUAAAUAUAUUGAUAAAAUUGUUGAAUUUACAUUAGGUGGUAAUGUUAAAAAGCAAAUUGAAAGUUUUAUAAUUGGAUUUUCUGAAAUUUUCCCAUAUUCAUCAUUAACAAUUUUUUCAUCAAAAGAAUUAGUUGAAAUGAUGGGUAAUGCAAAUGAAGAUUGGUCAUAUGAAACAAUUAUUGGAUCGAUUCAUGCAGAUCAUGGAUAUACAAUUGAUUCACCAUCAGUUCAAAGAUUAAUUGAAUUUAUGACUAGAUUAAAUAAAACUGAAAGAAGAUUAUUUUUACAAUUUUUGACAGGAUCACCAAGAUUACCAAUUGGUGGAUUUAAGAUGAUGAGACCUGUAUUUACAGUUGUUUUAAAACAUGGAGAAUCUGGAUUAAAAUCUGAUGAUUUCUUACCAAGUGUAAUGACAUGUGCAAAUUAUUUAAAAUUACCAGAUUAUUCAAGUCAAGGAAUUUUAGAAGAAAGAUUAUUAAAAGCAAUUCAUGAAGGUGGAGGAGCAUUCUUAUUAUCUUGA